GGGCCGCGGCCAGAACGAGCAAGCGAAAACAAGAUUCUAUGCCACAAGCUGCCGCUCUAGCCACGCUGCCACGGCACUGUCUUCCAAUAUCCGACGCCAUAGGAUGGUGCGAGUGUGGAUCUCGAUCGUUUGGAGUUGCCUGGGAUCAAGGCCGUUUGUGAUCUGGAGAAAAAUCACAGACUUCCCUGCAUACCUGGUGUCAGAACGUGAGUCUGGACUUACACGACAUGGAAAAGGCAGGUAUGAAAACUUGGCAGGCGUCUGGAUUGCAUCAGCCACCCACCGGAGCCACACCACUAGCAGUACCCACCCACCUUAAUAAAGUUGCGAGUUGACAAGGGUGGGCAUUUGCAAGGGUGUUUGCGAGGGUCCAUCUCGCUACAAGAUUGUUGCUUGGCAUCGAUUUGAUCGGAGUG